GUGUGGUUUGAGUUGAAAAUUUUUGGAAUUUUUUGGAAAGGAAAGAACGAGAACGCGAGCGCAGGGAUUGGCGGGAGGGAGGGGCUUCUCUAUGAACGGAAAGGGUGGGUUGGUGCGGAGGGGGCGCGAGUGAGUGUGUGUGUGUGUUUGUGUGUGUGUGUGUGAGAGAGAGAGAGAGAGAGAGGAGUCAGCCUACGCUGGACGUGGAAUCAGGCGGGAAAACGCUGCACGGGACUCAGCGGGAAGAAAUCCAAUCAAUCAAUCGAUCGAGGGAUCAAUCAACGGCGGGAAGACGCGUGGGAGAGGGAACGGCGAGGGGGUGGUAAUUGAGGGAAAAAGAAGGAAGGAGGAGGAAGCGAGUGAAGUAAGGAGUAAGGAAGAGGGGGGAGGGGUAGGAGAAACGACGUGUUCUUGUUUUGGACUAGAUUCAUACCCUCAUUUGCGUUAAUUAGAUUGAUUUGCGUUAAUUAGCUUGAUUUGCGUUAAUUAGCUUGAUUGGGUUGUGGCCAUGGCGGCCGCCGGCGUCGUCGCUGGAGGUCGUGCUCGCGGCGCCCGCGAUGGCGAUUUGGAUGACGAUGAGCACAUCGUCUUUGAGACAAGUGCUGGAGUUGAACCUAUUACAAGCUUCGACGCGAUGGGAAUCAGAGAGGAUCUGCUGAGGGGUAUCUAUGCGUAUGGAUUUGAGAAGCCAUCUGCAAUACAGCAGCGCGCCAUCAGACCCAUAGUGGACGGUCGAGAUGUCAUCGCUCAAGCGCAGUCGGGGACAGGCAAAACCUCGAUGAUCGCGUUGGCUGUCUGCCAAACCCUGGACACCGCAACGAGAGAGGUUCAGGCACUCAUUCUCUCGCCGACGAGAGAACUUGCGCAGCAGACAGAGAAGGUUAUAUUGGCCAUGGGAGACUAUAUGAACGUUCAAGCACAUGCGUGCGUAGGUGGGAAGAGCAUUGGGGAAGAUAUCCGAAAGCUGGAGUAUGGGGUGCAUGUUGUGUCAGGAACUCCUGGUCGAGUACACGACAUGAUCAAGCGACGCACGCUGAGGACGAGAGCCAUUAAGAUGCUUGUCCUGGAUGAGUCAGACGAGAUGCUUAGCAGAGGGUUCAAGGAUCAGAUCUACGAUGUGUAUAGAUAUCUUCCGCCGGAGUUGCAGGUGAUUCUUGUUUCUGCGACUCUUCCGCAUGAAAUUUUGGAGAUGACGAACAAGUUUAUGACAGAUCCUGUUCGGAUUCUUGUCAAGCGUGAUGAAUUGACUUUGGAGGGCAUCAAGCAAUUCUUCGUUGCGGUCGAAAGGGAGGAAUGGAAGUUUGACACACUUUGCGACUUGUACGAUACGCUGACAAUCACACAGGCUGUCAUUUUCUGUAACACGAAGAGGAAGGUCGACUGGUUGACAGAGAAGAUGCGAAGCAACAACUUUACAGUGUCCUCUAUGCAUGGAGAUAUGCCACAGAAGGAAAGGGAGGCAAUCAUGGCAGAGUUCAGAGGGGGGACCACAAGAGUCCUCAUCACGACAGACGUUUGGGCCCGUGGGCUCGAUGUUCAGCAGGUAUCUCUUGUCAUCAAUUAUGAUCUUCCGAACAAUCGAGAACUGUACAUCCAUCGGAUUGGUCGUUCAGGGCGUUUUGGGCGAAAGGGUGUGGCGAUCAAUUUUGUGCGCAGCGAUGACAUUAGGAUCUUACGAGAUAUAGAACAAUACUACAGUACGCAGAUUGACGAAAUGCCGAUGAACGUCGCCGAUUUGAUUUAAAAUAGAAAGAGUUGCGACACUUUUCAAUUUCAAGGUGGGGCAGGAGAGAAAGAAUUGUUGUGUUUGGUUGGUGUGUGUGUGCAUCGAAAGCGAAAGCGUCUGGUACACAAAGAAGAGAGGAUGUGCGCAUGCGAAUGUCUACUCGGUUAUGUAUUGUUACCUCCUCCUGUAUUGUAUGCUGUGGUGCGAAUCUGUGUAGCGUCGCUUGUAGUUUUUUUUUUUUUUUUUCUCUUCCAUGUUAUCUGUCGAUUAUUGUGUGAUGUCUGCGGGGAUCGCCUCGGAUGCAUGCAUGAGGGGGGUGUAUGUGUGUUUGAGUGAGUUUUGUGAUAGUAAAUUGUACCUACCAUUGUUGUCUGAACGUGGGCGGCGUAUGAUGAGAUGGCAGAUGACGGAGGACUACGGUGAUGGUGACGACACGCCAAGGAGUGUUGUUGAGAGUUGGUUUCGUGAAGUCUGUCAAUGACAGUUUUGUCUUCUUCUGUUCCCUGGUCAGUCUCCAAUCUCCCUUCCCUCAAGUGAACAGUGUGGGUAACGACAGAGCUGAAGGCGAGGUCGUGGAAGUUCUUGCAGGCAGUUUGCUGUUUUGACAGCAGCAAAUGGGUACGGUGGUGGGGUAUUGUUUUUUUUUUUUUUUUGGUGGUGGUGGUGGUGGUGGUGGGUGUAUUGUUGUGACAUUGUUGCCUUCAACAAUAAUUUCUGCUUAGUGUAUGCACACUGUGCUUGGUGUACAAAUAACUGUUCUCAAUUAUUGUUGCCUUCAACAAUAAUUUCUGCUUAGUGUUUUAGAAACUUUGUUCAUCUGUUUUUGGUCACACUGGAUGUACCAACUGUGUUCACAAUGUGUCCUCCUCUUUUUUUUUUUUUUUUUUUUUUUUUUUUUGAGGGCAACAGGCUUGAGAUAUCUAUCAUCUUUGAACUGACUGGCCGCAGGUAAAUACAGAGUUAAUUUUUCACUCAUGUGGAAUUUGAACUCAGGCCUGUAUUUCAACAGUUCAUGGGUGUACCUAAUGAGCUAGGCUAGUCGGUAGUGUGACUAGUGUCCUUUCUUUUUCCCCAUCUUUUCAAUGAUAAGAAGUAGAGUAUUUUUGGGACCAUUUCUCGGUCGAUUCAUGCGCGUCAUCCUUGAAAGCGCAGGGGCCAUGCUAAUCUUCUCUCUCUCUGUAUCGUUCCAGCGAGCUUUCUGAAGGCUAUAGAGGGGUGCAGGGGGGCGCUUUGCACACAGUUCAAUGUACCUGCAACAUGGACUCAGUAUUGGCGUGUUUCAAUAAGUGGCACGGGAGUGUGCAAGUGAAGCUUGAAGGUAACUUCUUUUUUUUUUUUUUUUUUUUGUUAGGAUAUUUAGUGGCCAAAUAUUCAAAUGCUCGAGAUGCCCGAGACAAGUUUUUUUGGGACGAGGAAGGCGGGACGGAGCAGGGAACGCUGAAAAAUGGGAAAGAGGGAAAACAAAAUGGGGUGGGUGAGCCAGCGGCCUAGCUCGGUUGGUUUCACAUUCGGGAGGUCGUGGGUUCAGUUCCCCACAGCCGCCUGCGGCGAUGCUCGGUGUUCAUCGGCUGUGAGAUAGUUGGCUUGCCCCGCCUGGUCGGCCUUGGCAGGGUCCUGGGUUCCAAUGGAGGCCUUCACCCCCGCCAUUCCUCGCUGUGGGUUACGGCUUCGGUCUGCCUUCCUUCGGAAGCGGAGACAAGUGGCCCCUGUUCUUGUGCUUAGACUUGUAGUUGGGUGGCGUGAGGUAUAAUUGAGAGAGAAGAAUACAGAGCUUGUUUAAAAAAAAAAAAAAAAAAAAAAAAGGGUCACCGAGCGGGAAGAGCAUGUUAACAACAAAAGGAUGGUAGUAAAUCUACAGAGAGUGAGUGAUUGUGGUGUACUUGUCUGGUCGAAUCUGCAAGGGAUCGAACCGGGGAUCUCUGGGCGACAGCCGGAUGUCUUCACCACUUCAGCUGUGAGAGAGUCUCUUCAGCUGUGAGACUUUCAACAGCUUCACACUG